CUAAUCCAUGGAGAUGAAUCCUGUCAUCGAUCAGGAGAUGGAGAACUUGGAUGACGACGAUGUCCUUCUACCCCUCCCUGACGAACAAGAACAACUCCAUCCCUCCACUCCUGCCAUUCCGCAAAGCAAGCUGAAGCGUCUCAAGAAAGCGUCUUCCAGUUCUGAUGGCAUUUCAAUCUCUGAUCCACCAGAGAGUCGGAAGACGCCGGACUUUGAAGUAUCGGUGUUGAAAUAUGUGGGCUUGGAGAAGCAGGUGGAUCCGGAUGAUGGUAUAGAUCCUUUGUUUGGCGAUCUGGCGGUUUCUGGACGACCGGGGAGUCAUGGUUUUGAAAAGGAUGGAGAAGGCGAGGAUGAGGGUGGGAGUGAUGGGAUGGAGAAAGAGAUCGGUGGUGAGGGGAAAGUCCAGAAGGAGAUGGAUUUGGAUGAUGGUCUUGAUCCAUUGUUUGGUAAUCCUGUGAUUUCUGAAGGUUGGGAAAGCCAUGAUUUUGGAAAUGAUGGAGAAGAUGAGAAUGAUGGGGGAACAGGGUGUGGAGAGAGUGGAAAUAAAUUGAUGGAUAAAUUGAUUGGUGGUUUAGGAAAGGAGAAGUCAGCGAGGAAGAGGUUGAGCUGGGAUGGAGGAGAAGAUGAGGGUUUGAAGAAAAAGAAGAAAGGAAAGAUCAAGAAUGAGAAGCCAAAGGAGUCAGUUCGAGAGAAAAGAAAGCUUGAAAAGGAAAGGAAGGCAUAUGUGGAGCAGAUCCAUUCUGAAUCCCAGAGAAUUCUGAGGGAAACUAGGGAUGCUUCAUUUAAGCCUGCACCGAUAGUUCACAAGCCAAUAUCUUCUGUUUUGGAGAGGAUCCGAAUUCGGAAGUUAGAGUUAUUGAAACAAUGUAGUGUUGAGUCUGAUUCCUUUGCUGGUGCUGAUUGUUCUGUGGAAGACAUAGGCCAGGCUUCAAAUCUUUGCAUAACUAAAAGCAACGAUGGUGAAAUAUUGGAGAGUGAUGACCAAGUGGCAGGGGAUGAGAACUGCAAGGCUUCUCCAGGUGUUUCAGAAGAUGCCCCCUAUAAUAAGCCUUCAGAUGAGGACCUAAAUGAUCCACUGCAGCAGAAUAGUGAUGAGUCUGAUGACACACUGGGUCUUGAGAAUGUUUCUAAACAUAAGAAUGGAGAGGACUCAGAGAAUGGGCCAUUGGAUGAUAUUGCAGAUGAUAUUUUGGCAGAUAAUCUUACAUCAUCAUUGCCCAUUUCAAGUUCAAAACUCAAAUCUGAUGAUGAUUUAUCUUCAUCUCAUGAAGACAGUGACAAGGAAAACAAUGAUCCUUAUCCCUGCAAAGUGCUCAACAAGGUAAGCUAUCCAAAAGAUGACCUUGCCAAAACUUAUGUAGAUGACGAGGCUGAAGAAGAAGAUGACAGUGAUCAUGAUCUCAUGAGAUUUCAAGAAAGUGAAGAUGAUGACAGUGAUGACAGUGAUGGAAACAAAGUGCUUGAUGAUCUAAUUAUGACUGGUUAUGAAGAGGCGCCAGUUGAGCAUGAGAAACGUAAUCAACUGCAUCAGAAAUGGCUUGAGCAACAGGAUGCCAAUGAAACAGAUAAUGUCUUGCAGAGGUUGAAUUGUGGUCAGAUACGUAGAGAGCCAUCCAUUAUCGAUGAUGAGGAUGAUAAUGUGGAUACUGAUGAUGAGGAUUCUGCAGACGAGAUGACAGAAGACCAAAUUCCAGCUAAUUUGGUCCGUAAAAAUUCCAAGAAGGCCAAACAAAUGAUGGCACAGAUGUUUACUGAUGAGACUGAUGUUUAUGUGUCUUCGGAAGAUGAGGAAACAGAACGGAGUUUGAUCCGUGAGCAUCUUCUCCAUCAAAAAGAUCUGGGACCAUCUUUCAUAUCACCAAUAGAGGACGAGCAUUCCAAGAAAGUUUCUGGUCUCAUAAAGAAGUUGAAUAUUGGCCCUGAUUACAAGAAAAAGGGGAAAAUAUUAAAGUCUAGCCUUGAUAUGCUGAUCACGGAUACAGGUAGCAAUAGCUCUUCAAAGUCAUCCUUUCUUGCUCGAGCACAAAGUAAUUCAUUACCAGCUUCCCAUAAACAAGGUUCAAUAACUGUUCGUACAUUCGUAUUUGGUCGUGAUGACAGUAGUAGCAGAAGCAGCUUCUCAGCAUCUGAGAACAUAGAUGCGAACCAGCAAAAUAAUCAGCCCUUAAAGACUCCUGGAGCCAGGUAUAGCAGCAGGCAAUCAAAAGCAACUAGUUUGGGAGCAAAGGCUGAGGUCAAAACAAACUCAAGUAGCUCACUUUUUGAGAUUCUGAAGAGUUCCUCUAUUGGUUCUGAAAAAAAAAUUAGAAAGAAUCAAAGUCUAACCACAGAAAGUCAAUCUUCACAUCAGUUUUCAGCCUUCAAAUUAGUCAAGAAGUCCUCAUGAUGAAAUAGGAGUGGUUGCCUGAUUCCUCCAGCCAGCAUAGUGAUGACAGCAGGAAAUGAAAUUAAUGAAUGAAGCUGCAUAUGUUUUCAAAGCUAAAAUGAAGCAGAUCCUAAAUUUCAGCAUCAAGUUUCCAGUCAAAUCAGUAAAAGUAUGCUACGGAUUUUCCUUUAAACAGGUCAUUUACUCAACAGUCAACAUAUUAAUUGCUAAUUAUGCAGAAACCACCAAAAAGGAUUUGGCUUUUGUCAGGAAGCAAUCAAAUGACUGAAUGAGGGUUUGAAUGGUAAGUGGUUCAACAAGCUCCCUUUUGACUUUUUCUUAGAGGAUCCCUAGCUUUUGGCUUUUGUAAUAUGAUUCUUACAUAAGAAAUUAUAAAAUCAUU